GCCGCCGUGAGGCGGGAGGGGGGAGAGCAGGGGCGGCGGGCGGUGCUGGUGCUGGCGCUGGGCAGGGCAGAAGAGAAGGCGCGGGCUGCCGGGCUCGCUUCUCCGGAGGGAAUGACGGAUGCCGUGAUCCCCAGUGGCGGCGAGAUGGAGCGGGAGCAGCAUCAGCGGACGGAGAAGACCAGCGCGGGCGUCCUCGGACUGGGGAGUAACAGAGCGGGAGCCGCUGAGGACACCACACAAAAUGGCGGACGCUCUGAGAGCAGUAACGCUGGGGAGGCGCUGCUGGUGGCUUCUGCUGCUGCAGAGGACAAGGUCCCCACAAACCUCAGCAUCACUGGCAGCAGCCAGCGCAGGAGCAGCAUCUCGACGGCACAUGAACAGCAGCAGCCGCCCAGCGGUGUGCUCGGGGGGCCGCCCCCUCUCCCUAAGCCCCCAGAAGACCACCAGCCUGUUAGGAGGAACUUUCAUAUCCCCAGGAAGACCAGAGAAAAGAAAGCACUCUUUCAGCCAGUAGCUCAAGGUUCUCGAGAAUUUGAGGAUAUUUUGAAGAUUCUGCAUUCAUCUUACUUGGAUGCAAGUUCAGUGUCCAAUUUCCAUUACCAGAGCGCCAGCUUAGUUCAUAGUGAACUGCUGGAAAAGGAAUUCACAGAAAAACGCAGGGAGCUGAAAUGUGAUGGUCGCCUGGAAAAGGAGCUCUCUGAGAGCUACGCCUUCCUCCUGGUGAAGCGCUGUCAGAUCCAAGGCAUAUGUGAAAAGGGGCUGCAGGUUGGCCACUCCGAAAUAUCAAUCCUCGGCAGCCCUUCCAUGGGUGUAUAUAUCUCCAAGUAUGCUGAUUUAUUGCAGUCUAAUCCUCUAGAACCAGGAGCAGCUGGAGAUGUGAUGGUUUUUAAAAUAAUAAAGGGAAAAAUGAAAAGUAUCUAUGAGCACAUUGAUAUGAAAGCAAUGGAAUCAACUGUAAAGAGUGUGUUAGAUCCAACCCCAAAUCAUGAGUGUCACAUUUCAAAGAAUGCACAUAAAAUAACCUCCUUGUUGUCUUACCGAGCCUAUGAACGAACUCAGUACUAUUUUUAUGAAUAUGACUUUGGUGAGAUAAGGCGAAGACCAAGACAUGUUUGUCCUCAUGCUGUUGUUUCAUUUACUUAUAAAAGUGACAUGGUGCCAGGACCAAAAUUCUCGUCCUCAUCAAGUGGCCAGAAUUCUCUGUUACAACCCAGUCUUUCUGUCUGUCUUUUGCUUAGACCAAACACCUUCAACACAGAUAGAAGAACAGAGAAAUCUGCUGUUACAGUAUGGAGGGGACAGCUUUGGAAUAAGGGCAAACUUGUGUGCCAUGUUUCCUUAAAAUCAGCAACAUGUUCCUUCCCUCCAUGCAAGCUCCCUGAGAAGCUUGAGGUUGAAAAGGUUGUCAGCAUUGAUGAGCUGAAGAAAAAAAUUUCACCAGCGUUGUUCUUUAAAGAAACUUACCAAGUAGGAAAAGAAGUGUUGAAGGACGGCCUGUACUGUAGCCUGUAUGAAGUUGUGGAGAAGUCCCGUUCUGGGAGUCACUUGGAGGGUUUACUUCAAAAACUAGAGAAAGAGAAACUUGUUCUUGUGAAACCACUUCUGGACAGAGGAUUUCUUUUUCUCCUUUCUCCUUGGCAAAUGAUGUCCCCUUAUGACCACCAAGCUGGAUGGUCCCGUGUGUUUCAUGCAUUAUUUCUGUUUCCAGAGCCUAGAGGUGUAAUUAGCUCAGCAGCACAAAGAAGUGUUCCAUUUGGAAAUUCAGCUCCCGUGGCUUCACGUGAAAAAAAGGAAAUCAUUCCAGAAUUCACAAGGUUUAUUUCAUCUCUACAUUUUGCUUUAAUCCAGGCUCGUAAAGAGACUAGUGCACCCUUCGAUCUUGUUGUUGUUGUUGAAAAGUAUAUACAUGAGUAUUUGAAAAAGCUCUUUCGUGGCGCUCUAAAGGGUAGAGAAUUUAAAUUACGUGAGUAUUCGACGCGGUUGGAUGACAAAAGAUAUGUUUAUCCUGCUCCGAGAUAUAAAGCUCACAUUGAUGAAUACUUGCAAAACUAUAUCUUUCGUUUUGGGACGUAUCAGCUGCCUCUUUCUAGAGCUAAAGAACUGAUUGAGAGGAAUUUGAGACCUCAGCAGUUCAGUCCCAUCUCAGACUAUGAAGCCACAGAAGACUACUCGGAUUUUGCCAAGGCAAAAUGCAGGAAAAGAAUCCAUGCAAAAUAUGAAGCCACUGCUGCCAAGCAAAAGCUGCUUCCUUCUGGAGAUUAUGAUACUGAAAGACUCAAAGAACUUAUUAACUUAAUCCAGUGUAGGAAAAAAACUGCAGGUGGAGAUUCUGAUUCUGAAGACCCCAGAAUUAGAAGUGGUCUGAAAAGAAAGCUGGAAAAAGAGUCUGAAAGUUUGCACAAAUACUUAAAAAAGAGUGAAUAUUCAGAGAAUAUUUGUCAGUAUGACGGGGGCAGAACCUCGGAUUCACUACACUCUGUUUUCUCAACUAAUUCUGGUCUGGGUGGACACAAUGCUGACUUCAGGCAGCAAGAUGGAUCUGAUUCUGCUGCUGCUGACCCACAUGGCCUCAUUAAAAUACUUUUGGAAACACUAGCUACUGGAGGACACUUGGAUUCCUCAUUGAUACAGUCUAUAAAUCAAGUUUUAAGCACUGAUGAAAUGGAAGAGGAUAUGAGACAAAACUAUGAAUAUGAAUCCAUUCCAACUCAGGAUCAUGAGCUUCCUAAUACUGCUCAGGCUGACAGUGUUAACUUCAAGGACCCUGAAAGCCUAGUGAUUCUGGAACCUGAUGUGCCAUGUCUGCCCUACCCUGUCAGUGCUGAUCUACGGCUUCCAGAUAACGAAGUAGGCUUUGAAGACACACUGCAGUUACAAGAAGCAAGCAUUGGAAGCCUAAGUACCUUUGAAGACUGCAGUCCUAGUGCACCUAUAGAACAUGUGCAUGGCAGUCAACAUCCCAACUCAAAUAAUACAGGAGAAGUUGGAAUGCACUGGAAACUUAUUCCAAUUACAGGUCUGAAAUCACCAGAAGAGCCACUGGUGUAUUUGCCACCAACGGAUGCCCUUCCUAAUGACCCCCGGGUAAUAAAUAGACAGAGAAGUUCUGAUGACCAGUUUCCAUACUCUCCAUUUUCAGACACACAAAAGGGGACAGCAGAAGAUGGACAUUAUACAGGACAAGUGGAGAAACCUGAAGAUGAGUAUGGGCUAGCGGACCACCCUUUUUCAGCUAAGCAUUCCAUUAGUGCAGUAAUAGAAACGACCCUGUUAGAAGAAUAUAAUCUCUUUGCACAAAAGAUUCAAGAAAUUUUGCAGCAGAAGAACAUUGCUUACGUUAGUGGGAUGCCCACACCGGUCUUCUCUGCCCGAGAGAGGAUAAUGAGACUUUCUGAAUACAUAUGUUUAAAGGCAUCAGAGGUGUCUGUCCAAGAAUAUAUAGAGACACUGAAUGAAAAGUUGCACAGUGUCAUUUUGGCUUCUUCCUGCAUUAAGCCCCCUCAACCCAUUUAUUCUAGUCCUGAACCGUCCGAAGUUGGGAGCAACACUGCAGCAAACCCUGUGCCCGACACACUGUCUGUGUGCAGGGACUCUGACACAGCACUGUUACCAGAGCCACUGGGCAAUAACCUGCUGGAAGAUCUGCACUCCAGUGAGCAGCCUUCAUCAAGCGUGCCCCUAGUGAAGGAGAAAAUGGAUCAUGUGAACACUAAAGCAGAGGAUCAGACCUCUUCUAGUGGGGAUCUGGUGGAGCCACCAGAGAAGACACAGAAAUCCCCCGAGAACCUAAACAUUUCAACUCAACCAGCUUUUUCUAAUAUUAUAAGCCAGAUAAAACCUGAAGUAUUUACCAGCUUGGUCAAAAUUAUGAAAGAUGUACGGAAAAAUACUGUCAAAUUUUAUAUUCAUGAAGAGGAAGAAAGCGUUCUUUGCAGAGAAAUCAAGGAUUAUCUUAUAAAGUUGGGUAAUACAGAGUGCCAUCCAGAGCAGUUCCUUAAGAGAAGAGCUGAUUUAGACAAACUGUUGAUCAUCAUCCAAAAUGAAGACAUCGCCAACCUCAUCCAUAAGAUCCCAUGCCUAGUAACUUUGAAGAGGCUCUCCUGUGUCAGCUUUGCGGGGGUUGAUAGUUUGGAUGAUGUGAAAAAUCACACUUACAAUGAACUGUUUGUGUCUGGUGGUUUUGUUGUGUCGGAUGAAUCUGUCCUUAAUCCAGAGUCCAUCACUACAGAUAAACUAAAGCAAUUCUUAGAGUUUCUGGAGGCUCUCAAUACCCCAGAUGGGAAAUGGCAGUGGAAAGUCCACUGCAAAAUACAAAAAAAACUGAAAGAGCUGGCGAGGAUGAAUGCCAAUGCCCUGAGUCUGCUCACACUUGUGAACACCUAUCAAAAGAAGCACUUGGUUGAGAUUCUGUCUUACCAUAACUGUGAUUCUCAAACUCGAAUUGCUCCAGACCUAGACUGUCUCAUCAGGCUUCAGGCUCAAAACAUACAGCAGAGACAUGUUGUCUUCUUAACAGAAAAGAACCUCAAAACAUUCUCGAGUUAUGUUGAUAAUGGCAUAGUGGUUGCUGCUGUUGAUGACUUUAUGGAGAAUUUCAAAAGCCUCGUUGGGUAUCACAACUCGGUUACGGAGCAGAGCUGCCUUCCUGCCUCUGGAGCUCACCAAAGACAAUCAGUUCUUGUAGAAAAGGAUGAGAAGGAUGAGGAGGACAUGUCUCUGGAUUCAGGGGAUGAAAUAUCACAGAUAGAAAUCUGCAGUGAUGCCUCUAAGUAUGAUACUCAUGUGGAAGCUUUGCAGACAGAGGCCAAGGGCCCACAUGGAGUAGAUGCUAAAGAAAGCUGCUUAUCAGUUACAGAGUUAUCUCCCGAAGCACAAACUGGCCUGGUGGAAAAGACUUCUAAAAGUGACUUGGAAGAGAAACAGCCACUUACUCCAGGUUCUACAACAUGCUCUGCUGAGGGAGAAAAACACAAUUCAGUUGAACAAACUCCUUUCAGUAACUUCCCAGUUUACAGCAGACAAUUAAACAUGUCCCAUCAAUUCAGCCACUUAAAUGUACUCACUCAUCAGACUUUUCUGGGAACAACAUAUCCAAUUUCUUCUGCAAAUCAAAACCAAGAAGGGAGCAAUUAUUUUCUCUCUGCCUACAGUCAGAGCAUGGAUACAGAAAAGUCCUCAUCACCUGGUGGCUGGGACAGCAGCUGUGAUUCUUCCAGGCCAUAUUCAGAACAGAAAUAAACUCUUAAGUCUCUUUUUCUAAGUUGCUGUGGACUUUCUAAAAUGUUGGAUUAACAAUUUCUAUUUUAUUCUGGAGCAGAAUGUUUCUUGUUCUUGUUAUCUCAAAUGUUUUCUUGUUCUAUUUAAAUUCCUGAUGGCUUGUCCCUCUUGGAACCAUCUGAAAGUUUAAAUAAAUAUAUAUUUUUUAACGUUUACUGUACUUGAAUUAUCUUGUUUGUUGGCACUUUUAAGUUUCUACAUUUGUAUUUGACCUGUUACCUGGGCUUCAGUUUGAGGUCUGUUUUCAUGUAAAACUGAAUGUUUGCCUAAAAUAU